AUGACUCGCGGGAUCUUCUUCCUGCUGGCUCUUGCGCCUGCUAGCGCCACCCGACUGGCGCAGCCCACCAUUCAGAAGGUGUCCGGCUUGCUGCAGCAAAUGCGCGAGAAGGUGCAGGAGCAGAGCGCGAAACUCGGCUCGGCUCGCUUUUGGAUGGGUCACGUGAGGCCAUGCCUGGCCGAGUACAUGUGGCUGGCUUCCAUGUCGCUCAAGUUUCUGGAAGUUCGAUCCGGGAAGUGGCUCCGCCCACGAGGGCUCAAGGGGCCCUUCGAUGACGCUCAGCUCCGGAGUCGCCCGGUUCAGCGCAUGGCUCCUGGCGUGCAGCAGGCGCUUUGGGGUCUUGGUCUGGCUACCUGCGCGGGUCUUGUCCUCCUCUUCUGGUUCCAUGGCACCUGCAUGGCCAUGCAUCUCCUGUCGGCCUUCUGGAUGCGAAAGGCCCCUCCUCCGGCAGAGGGCCAGUGGGUCCGGGUCUUCCAUGGCACCACGCUGGACAAUGCGAAGAAGAUCCAAUGGGAGGGCUUCAUCCCCUCCAAGAACGGGAUGCUGGGCAGCGGCGUGUAUGUGUCCAGGGACUUGCGGAAGGUUUGGAAUUAUGGGCGCAUACACAAGCGGGUGAAAGGAGUCGUGGCGACCGGGGUGAUUAUGGAGCUGGAGGUGUUCGUGGGCAAGCUGUGCAUCGUCGAUCGCCAGGGCCAUACAUUCCAGCGACGCUGGCGCGAGGAGUUUGAUACAGCAUGGGUGCCAGCGAACUCCGGAAUGGUGCAUUCAAACCGGGAGGAGGCCUGCGUCAAAAGUGCCGCCUGGAUCAGAGUGGUGCGGAUUUGGCCGAAGCGUCAGCUGGGGCGGUUGCUUUUCCACGAGGCGGCCCGGCGCAUCAUGAUGCGACUUUGGGCUCCCUUUGGCCGACUCCGCUGCUGCACACGGCGGGCGCCAGUGCAGAAGAAGAAGAAAGGGCUCCAGAAGCAGAGCUGCGCAAAGGUGAAGGUGCUCUGA